AUGAUUGGUACGAUGACUAAAUUUUUAUCGAAUUCAUCUCGUGAAAAUUGUAUAUGUGAAAUGACACAAUCCAAUACAUUAAUAUCUGCCAUCAAUUAUUUUUCACAAAAUCAAACUUGUCAAUUAUUUUUUUCAAAUAAUAACUCAAUGAUCAUUGAAUAUCAAGUUAAUUCUACUUUAAUAUUUAUUAAUCAAUCAAUAAUUUCAAUUCAAACAAAUACUCCACCAUCAACUAUUUGUGUGACUAAUAAUAGUGCAACUCUUUAUAAUAAUCAAUUUAUCUAUUCACCAGCAACACAAGUCUAUGCUGCCGGAAUGUUAAACAACACAUUUGGUAUCUAUAAAGCAUAUGGAUAUCAAAACGUUACUACAACUGCAAUUUGGAGAGCAAAUCAGAUUCAUAACUCAUCUGUCGAAUGUUUUUUAAACAUCCAGACAGAUCGUAAUCUAGUUGUUUAUACAACAAACCUUGCUGUAAUGUGGGCAGCUAGUGUUCCUAAUAGCGGUUCUGGAAACCCAUUCUGUUUAGAAAUGUUAGAUUCUGGAAAUCUGAUAUGGAUUGCUCGAAAUACAACAAUUAUUUGGCAAACAAAUACUGUGCAAACCGGAUAG